CCCUGCCCUGCCCGGCGCAGAGCCGGAAGCCGCGGCCGCGCCGAUGAGUUGGGUGCGCCGCUUGCCUGCGCGCUUGGUGGGGGGUGUCAGGAGCCUCGCGGUGUGGCUAGUGACCCCGGCCGGCCAAGGAUGAUCACGAACACGCGGGGUUUCCUGUGGUCGGACCUGGAGACGCGGGCGCUGCUGGAGAUCUGGGGCGAGGCGGACGUGCAGUCGGCGCUGGACGGCAACUUUAGGAACAGCCAUGUGUACCGGGACGUGGCCUGCCGCCUGGCCGAGCUGGGCUUCGAGCGCACCCCCGAGCAGUGCCGCAUCCGCAUCAAGGGCCUCAAGCGCCAGUACUACCAGGCCCGGGACGGGCUGAAGAAGAACGGGCACGCCCGCAAGAUAUGCAAGUACUACGAUGAGAUGGACCGGAUCCUCAGCUGUCGCGGGGGGCCCGACGGUGCCCCCGAGCCGCUCGCCCCACCUCCCGACGGCACCCAGCCCGCGGGGCCGCUGGCCGGGCCGCCCACGCCGGGCACGCCGCACAACAGCCGCGAGGUGGACGCCGAGCUGGACGAGGACGCCGAGCUGGAGUCCCCCAACUUCACGGAGGACUCCGGGGAAUGCUCCUCCUACGCCGACCACCCCAUCAAGGUGGAGUGCCCCCCCUUCGCCAUCCCCGUACCGCCGAGCGACGGCUUUAAAGAAAUCAGUGCUCCAACUAUUACUCCACCUCUCAGUCAGCCUAAAAGAUCAAAAAAACGCCAUGCAAAUUUAACAUUGGAUAAAAUGAUGGAAAAAUUCCUGCAGCAGAGUGUGGAUACAGAAGAGAAGUUUUACAGAUAUGAAGAGCAGAGGCUCAAAAUAGAGGACAAGCGUCGAGAAGCUGAGCAUGCUCGAGAAAUCCAGAUGUUACAGAUGUUGGGACAGAUGUUGGCAGGAAUUUCAUCUACGGUAUCACAAAGGUCACAAUCUAUACCAGCAAGUCCACCUCAGAGAGCAAACCAUCGUUCAUAUGGGGAUAACUUUAAUUAUAAUGCUAUGACAGCAGCACUUUCUCCACCGAUAGUUAUAGAAAGAUCUUUUUCACUGCACAGAACACAUUCUCUAAAGGAUAUGGAGAAUAUUUUUCAACUGGUGCGCAAUGUUAUCCCUCCUCUAACAGGGAAAAGACAUAAAGGUCAAGAUGGACGUAUAGGCAUUGUUGGAGGAUGUCAAGAAUACACUGGAGCACCAUAUUUUGCUGCAAUUACAGCUCUUAAAGUGGGUGCAGAUUUAUCCCAUGUGUUUUGUACCAAAGAUGCAGCAACAGUAAUCAAAUCAUAUAGUCCAGAGCUGAUUGUUCAUCCAGUUCUUGAUAGUCCCAAUGCUGUCCAUGAGGUGGAAAAAUGGUUACCACGACUGCACUCGGUUGUCAUAGGACCUGGCUUAGGUAGAGAUGAAGUUCUGCUUGAGAACACUAAGGUUAUUAUAGAAAAAUCAAAAGUGAAAGGAAUUCCUAUCAUUAUUGAUGCUGAUGGACUGUGGCUCAUUUCCCAGCAGCCUUCUCUUAUUCAGGGCUACCAGCGAGCUAUUCUUACCCCAAACUAUAUGGAGUUUAGCAGACUGUAUGAAGCCAUGCUUAGAGAUCCUGUAGACAGUAGUGAUCAUCAUGGAUGUGUAUUAAGACUCAGCCAAGCCAUGGGGAAUUUAACAAUUGUUCAGAAGGGAGAAAGAGAUCUUAUUUCAGAUGGAGAGAAAGUACUUGUAUGCAGUCACGAAGGAAGCAGCCGGAGAUGUGGUGGACAGGGGGACCUCCUUUCUGGUUCUCUUGGAGUCUUAGCACACUGGGCAUUUCUUGCUGGAGCAGAAAAAACAAAUGGUCAAAACCCCUUUCUGGUGGCUGCAUUUGGAGCUUGCUCUCUCACGAGGCAGUGUAACCACCAAGCCUUUCAAAAAUUUGGACGUUCAAUGACUGCCUCUGACAUGGUUUCAGAAGUCGGAACAGCUUUUAACAAGCUCUUUGAAACCUGAAGCCAAAGCAGCGGAGAAGGAGGAAAGGAAGAGCAACG